AUAUGAAUCCAACAACAGCGAAGGCUUUGCUCAUAAAUUAUUAAGUACGUUAUGUGACGUUCUUCGAGCAGACCUACCUGAUUUGCUGAGCGUAGGAAAACUAGCGGAAGCCUACACUAAUUAAUAUUAAUUACGUUAUGUCGAGCAGGCCUUCUUGAUUUGCUGAAUGACUGCGACAUUUGCCUUAUGAAUAUUAAUUAGGCUGUGUUACUGGACGGUCCAGGAAAGUGAACAGGACGUAAUUAAUAUUCAUUAUAUCAAGUCAUACGCCAUAGUCCGCGCACAAAUCAACUACACUCGUGUGUAAACUGAUCAUAUGUUUUCACCAGAAACCGACUGAUGACUACAAAUCUAUAAAUGCUUAUAGUUCAUAAUCUGAAAUGUGUUGUUGACCUUUUGUUUAAACCACACCCAAAAAAAACAGUUUUAACAGGUGACUAUACCGUGUGACUCGGCAGGACAAACUGGAUGUCAUGGCUGUGCCUUUACCGCAUGACAGCAGUAAUGCAGCAUUCGACUGGUUCACUGAAUUCCAGCGCAGCUGCAUUUUGAAGAACGGAAUUGUUCCAGAAUGGAUCCAUGGAAUAAUAUCCAGGAAGGCUGCGGAGGACAUGCUGAUGUGCAAACCUUUUGGUUACUUCCUCAUUCGUGUUAGCGAGAGCAGAGUGGGUUAUACAUUAUCUUAUCGAGCUGAAGAUCGCUGCAGACACUUCAUGAUUGGCGUCUUGCCAGAUAACCAGUAUAUUAUAGUGGGAGAAAAGACACACUUCUCUUCCCUCCAUGAGUUGGUGGCCUUUCAUCGCAGAAACCCCAUUCUCCCCUACAAUGACUUGCUCACUGUGGCCUGCGAACAGGGUGGCAAAAAUAACUACGUUGAGUUGUUGUUUCCUGGAAAGAAAGAUGUAAACCCUGGACAGGUUGAAUGGAUACAUUUUUCAACUCCAACACAUACAACUCAUUCAAAUAUUUCUGAACACAACCCAACUUCGCCGCUCCAAAACGAAUCAUUUACGCCACCUACAAGUCCUUCUGCGAGACUGUAUAUCAGCUUGGAGACAGAAAUGAGCUCUUUGAAUCUACAGAGCACGGAUCAGCCCACAAAGCCCAUUCCAAAGCCUAGAACAAUAUUUACAUCCAAACCACCAACUGACGACAUGCCACCACAGUUACCGCCCAGAGCAUGCUUGCCAAAUCACCCGCAAGCCACCGCAGAGGCUGACAGAUUGCAAGGGUUGAUGCCGGUAAGCUCUGACAGACAUCAAAUCCCACCCAACACACUUGUCGAAGGCCGUAUCCAACAAAAAAAACAACAACCAUUGAAACCGGUGGUCAUGGGCCUGGCGCAAAUUAAGAAAAAGCUUAAAAAGAACCGCUCCAAGGAGCACAUGUAUGAGGAGAUUGUUCAAGAUGUGUGUCAGGAAAAUUCAACUUUUUCUGCUUUGGAGAGUAGUAACGUGAACCCUACACAACUGGAGGAAAAUGACUAUCAGGAAUUACCUGAAAAAUCCACAGUUGAAGGCCGUCGGGCAUCUGAUGGGAUUCCCAACUUCGCAGAUAGACAAUUACCAUUGGAGUACUUGAAUCCACCUCCUUUUGCACCUGGUUACUAGAUAAAAACAUAAAGAUGGGUGGUUUUACUCAGAGCAUUUGUUUUAUUGUCAUUGAAUAACGUGACAACUUUAGUCUCUUUGUUGUGAUGUUCUUUUUCACUAUGCUGCAUUUCAAUUUCUGACUCAACACAUUCUGAACAGAGGUUUGUCAUCUGGAAAAACCUGUUGGACAUGGCAAAAUAUUUUAAUAUAAUGAUGACAGAGCGUGUUGUGCCUGUGGGCAUGAAUUUGAAUAUACUUCUGGAUUAUACUUCCUAAAAUCUGGCUCCUUACAUAUCAGAAAAAAAACAAAAAAAAAACAUUGUAAAUAUGAGCUUUUUACUGCAGUUGGUCAAUAAAUGUACAGGUGAUACAAGAA